CAUGCUUUCUUCACACGCUCCCUUUAAUUUCAUUUACCACCAAAUUUACUUCAUUUUCUGCCACGCUUCCAUACAUCAUUAUUCUCCCCUGUUACUACUACUUCUUUAGCUCAUAUAAACUCCAAAAAAAAUUACACAACUGAAAACCGUGCGUACGUAGUUUUUCUUCCCAUAUUGGUGAUUGAAUUUCUCUGUGGAAUCUUCUGCAUCGUUUGCACUCUGUAUUAUCAAUCGAUCGACCGACCGGCGGGUGUUUGAGUUUAAGAUGGGGAAUUGCCAAGCGGCAGAGGCAGCAACAGUAGUGAUUCAACAUCCAGGUAAUAAAAUUGAGAGGAUUUAUUGGUCUAUAAGUGCACAUGAAGUCAUGAGUUCGAAUCCUGGCCACUACGUCGCCCUUGUUAUCACUUCUCCAACUGAGAGAACACACAAUGGUUCGCCCGUCAGGCAGCUUAAGCUUCUCCGCCCCGGCGAUACUUUGCUUCUUGGACAAGUUUAUCGACUCAUCAGCUUCGAAGAUGUACUAAAAGAGUUUGCUGCAAAAAAGUGUGUGAAACUUGGCAAGUUACUCAGGGAAAGUGGAGGCCUUGUUCUCGAUUCAAAGAAAAUCUCCGUCGAUUCUUCAGCAGUAAAAAACAAGCCCAAAAUGGUGAAUGGAAUCCCAGCUAAGAUGGAACAUGAAACUUAUCAACAUGGAAGCAGUAGCAGCAGUGGGCAAAGAAGUAUGGGAAGACAUCAUGGUGGUGGGGGGCAAUGGAAACCAGCCUUACAGAGUAUUGCAGAGAUUGGAACUUGAACUAUACCCACCAUAAAGCACGUCUAUACUUCCCUAGCUACCAUGGCUAAACCUUUUCCAAAAGGGAUAAGAAAAGAUAGCAACUCAAUUGUCCCGAGCUACUAGUAAUUAGUUUAGAAAAGUACCACUCAAUUACUA